AUUGGUUUGGGCAAAUUCAGAAAGCAAAGUUGAUUGAAAGUCGAUGUUUCUGGAAUGAGAACUCGGCCUGCUUUAAUCGAAGUGCUUCCCCAAGGAUUCGUCCUUCCUGCCGCUCCUUCAAGCCUACAACAUUUGUCAUCUGUACAACUUCAAGUGUUGAAAGUAGUGGCUUUCAGGGAAGCAAAUGGGGAAGAGGGGCGCCUGACAAUUGGUCUGAGAAGGGAGUUGUCAUCAUAAUGGGUGGUGUUGUACCGUGACUUUUUGACAGGAGAACAUUUGAGCUCCUGGAAAGUCACCCUGUCGCAAUGGAUCCCUCUUUCGUGUUUGACCUGGGCGAUGACGCACCACCAGCCCGCCCCGCGCAGUCUCCUUGGGACUUUGGCAAUGCUGCCAAGCUGGUGGAUGAGGAGCAUUCACAGCACAGGACGACGUCCAUCGAUCACAAGAUCCGGGAGCAAUUGCGGAGGAGGACAAUUGUGAGGGGAAGUGGUUUCAAGGAUUCGGGUGGUGGGGCAAAGGAAGAGUCAGAGGAAGAGGACCAGAUUGAGGAGGAGAGCGAUGAAGAGGAAGAGGAGGAAGAGGCUGAGAUUUUGGAGGCAAAUGGUAAUGGUUUACAAGGGAAUGGUAAUGAUGGUGUAGGCGGUGGUAGUGAGCAGGCGGAGAGCAGCGAUGAUGAGGAUUCAAGUGACGAGAACGAUGAGCUGGAGGAGAAGUGGGAGCAGAAGGCGCGCGCGCGGUCUCAUGCGGAGGCAACGAGUAGCAAGCCGGCUCUUCCAGACAAACAGGUCAGAAGGAAGAAUGGCAGAGCAGAGACGAAUGAGGGCGGGCCAUCAUCGAAGGGUACUUUCUUCUCAUCCUCUGAGGGCGCCUCUUUCACAGCGCGCUCUUUUGGCGAGCUCAACAUCUCCCGCCCGUUGCUCAAAGCCUGUCAAGCCCUGGGCUACGAAAAGCCCACGCCGAUCCAGUCAGCGUGUGUGCCCCUCGCACUAACUGGCCGCGACAUUUGCGGGAGUGCAAUCACUGGCUCUGGCAAGACGGCCGCGUUCGCACUGCCCAUUUUAGAAAGGUUACUAUACCGCCCCCGCCGGGUGCCCGCGACCAGGGUACUGGUUCUUACGCCGACGCGCGAGCUGGCAGUUCAGGUGCAUUCGAUGAUUGAGAAGCUGGCGCAGUUUACGGACAUCAGGGCGUGCCUGGUGGUGGGAGGAUUGUCAAACAAGGUGCAAGAAACGGCGCUGCGCCUGCACCCCGACGUCGUGGUCGCAACCCCCGGGCGCAUCAUCGAUCACGUGCGCAACACACAGUCGGUGGGGCUGGAGGAUUUGGCGAUCCUGGUGCUGGACGAGGCGGACCGUCUGCUGGAGAUGGGCUUUGUGGACGAGGUCAAGGAGAUUGUCCGGAACUGUCCGAAGAAGAGGCAGACGCUGCUCUUCAGUGCCACGAUGACCGACGAGGUUAACCAGCUGAUCACCAUGUCGCUGCGUAACCCGGUUCGGUUAUCAGCUGACCCGAAAACACGGCGCCCGGGGACGCUGGUAGAGGAGGUGGUUAAGCUGAAACCCAGCCAGGAAGCCGACAAGGAAGCACUUCUGCUGGCGCUGUGCACACGCAACUUCCGCAGCAAAACGAUAAUCUUUAGCGCAACGAAGUCAGAGGCGCAUAGGCUGAAGAUCCUGUUUGGCUUGGCGGGCCUGCGCGCGGCGGAGCUCCAUGGGAACCUGACCCAGGCGAUGCGGCUACAGGCGCUCGAGACUUUUCGUCAGCAGGAAGCCGAUUACCUCAUCUGCACUGACGUGGCCGCACGCGGGCUGGACAUUAUGGGCGUGGAGACAGUUGUCAACUUCGACUGCCCCAAGGAUAUAACCAAGUAUGUGCACCGAGUAGGGCGAACCGCGCGUGCGGGACAAAACGGAUGCGCCGUGACUUUUGCCACGGAGAAAGACCGUGCGCUGCUCAAGGCGGUGGUCAAGCAGGCGGGCCGCUCGCUGCGGAGCCGCCAGGUGGCAGCAGCAGCUGUUGCCAAGUGUCGCGACCAGAUUGAGCGGCUGGAAGAGGACAUUCGGGAGGUGAUGCAAGAGGAGCAGGAGGAGCGCGCGCUGAGGAAGGCCGAGAUGGAGGUUAACAAGGCGUCCAACAUGGUGGAGCACGAGGCGGAGAUCUACUCGCGCCCACCGAAGACGUGGUUUCAAUCGCCCAAGGACCGGAAACAAGCGGCGGAAACGGCGAAGAAGGCGGCGGAGGGCGGGGCAGGUGGGGAAAAGCAGGUCGAGAGUGCGCUCAGCGCCAAGGACCGGCGGGCGCUUGAGAAGAAGAAGGCGGAGAAGGAGAAGCGGCUGCCUAGAAAGAAACGGCGGCGGUUGGAAGCGGAGCGGCAGAUCGCAAACGACCAGGCGGAGAUGGACGGUCAAGUCGACGAGCCGAAACGGAAAAGAUCGAAACAAGACGACGAUACGCCAAAAACGUCGAUGGUCGACGUGGGGUAUCGGAAGGCGAAGGGCGCGAAGUCGAUCAUGAAGCUGAAGGAGGCGGGUUUGCUUGACCCGCGAAAGGUAGCAGCCAUGAAAGGGGUGAAAGGGAAGAAGGUUAAGAAGAAGGUUAGGCCGGAGGGGCAGGAAGGGGGCCAGGAGUCGGGAGCGGGGUCAGGCGGGCCCUCUCCGGCGGGCGGCCUGAAGAAGAAAGAGCAUAUGAAGCCGCGGAAAGCGUUCAAAAGCAAGAAACGAUACAAGCGGAAGUGA